UGCGCGCCGCCAGCCAUCGAGACUGCUGCCUCCCCUAUUCAUCACCUGUCAAAACAGUGUACGCAGCGGUACUGCAUUACCCGCCCGGUUCCGCAGGGGUCACAACGCUUGAUCCUCUCCAACAAGGAUAGGAGCGUUUUCUUCCAGCUGGCCAAAAAAAAGACCCUCGGGGCGGGCUCCAUCGAGAAAGGAAACCUGUGGGGCUAGAACAGCGAAAAGCAGUGUUGUUUUUCCUUUCCCCCCGUCGAUGCCACCUCACACACAAAAGGCCACUGGACAAGACCGCCACCCACCGAGGACAUGUCUUUCGCCGUGCCCAAAAAUGUACCGUCGUUUACGAAUCCGCAGCGAGACUUUGAGGACCGGCUUUGGGCGUCAGCGCGAUCCGGGAACAACAACAGCAGAGGGAAACAAGGAGGAGGAGGAGGAGGAGGAGUCCUAGGCAACGUCGGCGGCUACUUCGACUCGAGCAAGCGCAACGCCUCCCUGCCCAUGUACAAGGACAAGCCGUACGCUUAUCCGCCGUCGCACCGCCAGCGACCGGUCUACAGGCGAAAGAGUGGCUUCUUGCUGCUGCUGCUGGCGGUCGGGGCGCUCUUCUACUUCUUUGGCGGCGACUCGCACAAGGAGAGGGUCAGGGCGCCGCUGAGGAAGCUCAGCUGGCUGUCCAAUGACAAAAAGGCGCUGCGGGAGGCGGACUGGCUCAAGAGGAGGGAACACGUGGUGGAAGCGUUCGAGCUCAGCUGGGCAGCGUACGAGAGGUACGCGUGGGGUUACGACGAGUUCCACCCUGUGUCCAAGAAGGGCAGGCAGAUGGCUACGGGAGGUCUAGGCUGGAUCAUCGUCGACUCGCUGGACACGAUGAUGCUUAUGAACCUCACCACUCAGCUUAGCCACGCCAGGGAGUGGAUUUCCAACUCGUUAAAGUACGACCAGGAUCAGGACGUCAACACGUUCGAGACGACGAUUAGGAUGAUGGGCGGCCUGCUGUCGGCGCAUUACCUCUCGACGACGUAUCCAGACAUGGCGCCGCUGAAGGACGACGACGAGGGCGCCCCCGGCGAGGACCUUUACCUGGAAAAGGCAAAGGACCUCGCCGACCGGCUCCUGGCCGCCUUUGACACGAAGUCCGGCAUCCCAUACGCUAGCGUCAAUCUGGGCAAGUUUCAAGGGAUCGAGUCGCACGCCGACAUGGGCGCGUCCUCCACGGCCGAGGCCACGACUCUACAGCUCGAGUUCAAGUAUUUGGCCAAGCUCACUGGCGAGAAGCUCUUCUGGGACAAGGUGGAGAAGGUCAUGGAGGUGGUGGACAAGCAGGUAGGCAAGACAGAUGGACUUGUGCCCAUCUUCAUCUCGCCUUCGACGGGAGAGUUCCAAGGCGAAAACAUCCGCUACGGCAGCCGCGGUGACUCGUAUUACGAGUACCUCAUCAAGCAGUACCUGCAGACGAACAAGAAGGAGAAGGUCUACCUCGACAUGUGGGACGACUCGAUGAAUGGGAUGCGCAAGCAUCUCGUGACUUAUACGCGGAAUUCGGGCUUCACCAUCAUUGGCGAGAAGCCAGACGGACUGAAGGGUUCGCUGUCGCCCAAGAUGGAUCACCUAGUCUGUUUCAUGCCGGGCACCAUCGCGCUGGCCGUGACAGGCGGGAAGACGGAGGCCGAAGCGAGGAAGUCGCGCACGUGGACCAAGCAGAACGAAGAAGAUAUGCGGCUGGCGCGGGAGCUGAUGCAGACAUGCUGGGGCAUGUACAAGUACAUGGCCACAGGGCUAGCGGCCGAGAUCACCUUUUUCGAGAUUGCGACGCCUCCCCCGACCUACGGCUCGCCGCACCCCAAGCCGCCUGCCAAGUUGGACCCGAGCCCGGACGCCGAAUGGCGCAAAGACUUUGUGGUCAAGGGCCUGGACUCGCACAACCUGCAGCGGCCCGAGACGGUCGAGAGCUUGUUCUAUAUGUGGCGGAUCACGGGCGACGUCAAGUACCGCGAGUGGGGCUGGGAGAUGUUCAAGUCUUUUAUGAACUAUACGGCGGUUGAGGAUAAUGGCGGCUUCACGAGUCUUUCAAACGCCAACAAGAUACCGCCCGAGACGCGGGAUAAUAUGGAGAGUUUUUGGCUGGCCGAAACGCUCAAGUAUUUUUACCUGCUAUUCUCUCCCAACGACGUCCUUCCCCUUGAAAGCGUGGUGAUCAACACAGAGGCGCAUCCGCUGCCGAGGUUCGACAUGGGCCCGUUAUUUUCGACCGGAUGGAGUCGUGCUUCAAAGGAAACCAAAAAGGAGGAUGCCGAGAGUGCAAAGUCAUAA